GUGGGUGUGUGUCAUGGUGGCAGAGAAGCUCUUUAACUCUCGGUCUCAGGUGUCCAUUCUCCUUGAAGCUGUCAGACAAUUACUAGGAGUGACGCUGUCGAGGACCGAGCGGCCCAGCACCAGGUGACCAACCAGUGCAUGAGGAGCGUCACUCUGCUGCAGACCGCCACAGCCUGAAGCCUUCCUGCCAAAUCCGGGACCAUGUCUGGAGUGUUCGAGGAGCCCGGCGGCCAGGAGGAGACCACAGACAGCUUCUGGGAGGUUGGAAACUACAAACGUUCCGUGAAGCGUAUCGACGAUGGUCACCGGCUCUGCAACGACGUGAUGAGCUGCAUCCAGGAGCGAGCCAAGAUCGAGAAGGCCUACGCGCAGCAGCUGACCGAGUGGUCCAAGAGAUGGAGACAGCUGGUGGACAAAGGACCUCAGUACGGCACGGUCGAGCGCGCCUGGAUGGCGGUGAUGACGGAGGCGGAGAAGGUGAGCGAGCUCCACCAGGACGUGAAGAACCAUCUGAUCAACGAGGACUUCGAGAAGGUGAAGAACUGGCAGAAGGACUCGUACCACAAGCAGAUGAUGGGAGGAUUCAAGGAAACCAAAGAGGCAGACGAGGGCUUCAAGAAGGCUCAGAAACCGUGGGCCAAGAAGCUGAAAGAGCUGGAGGCUUCCAAGAAGACGUACCACAUGGCCUGUAAGGAGGAGAAGCUGGCGUCCACCAGAGAGGCCAACAGCAAGGGCGAGGCCUCGGUCGCCGCCGAGCAGCAGAAGAAACUCCAAGAGAAAUUGGACAAGUGCAAACAGGAUUCACAGAAGGCGAAGGAGAAGUAUGAGAAGUCUCUGGACGAGCUGAGUAAGAACACCCCUCAGUACAUGGAAAACAUGGAGACGGUGUUCAGCCAGUGUCAGCAGUUUGAGGAGAAGAGGCUGAGCUUCCUCCGAGAGGUGCUGCUGGACGUCAAACGCCACCUCAACCUCACAGAGAACCAAAGUUAUGCUACAGUUUACAGAGAUCUUGAACACACCAUCACGUCAGCCAGCGCGGAGGACGACCUGAAGCUGUUCAGCAACAUCCACGGCCCAGAGAUGCACAUGAACUGGCCCCAGUUUGAGGAAUACAACCCGGAGCUUUCCCACAGCAUCUCGAAGAAGGAGAAGUCAAAGAAAGGCAGCGAUGGCAUCAUGCUGACAAACGUCACAACAGGAGUGGACCAAGUUCCGGCUGGAGACAGCGGAAGUGUCAGCAGCUACGAGAAGAACCAGGCGUUCACGGCCUCCACCGAGUGGUCGGACGAGGACCAGACGGCACCGGACUCGGGCAACGACACCAACGGAGCUGUGAACCCGUUCGAGGAGGACGCGGUGACGGGCGUGAGGGUGAAGGCGCUGUACGACUACGACGGACAGGAGCAGGACGAGCUCAGCUUUAGAGCAGGCGACGAGCUGAUCAAGCUGGAAGACGAGGACGAGCAGGGCUGGUGUAAAGGUCGUCUGGACACCGGCAAGCUGGGUCUGUACCCGGCCAAUUACGUGGAGCCGAUCUAGCCUGCUCCAGCUGAGGACGCUUGUCUCGCCGGAGGGGACAAACCCAGACUGAACCGUCCGGUCAUGACCGCACAUUGCCAGAGACUUUUCAAAGCAAAGCUUCCUCGGCUCUCGGGCUCAGUCGCCAUCGCAGCGCUCAUCACAGACCAGACUGAAACCGAAUCACCCAAAGACUCCACAACCCAAGCAACAACACCCGAGUUUCUUUUUGUGUGUCGCUGUGUUUGAUUUCAGCUGUGAUGCUAACAUGCCAUACAGUACGUCCUCUCAUCUUAUCGAUAUGGUAUCGUCACUGGUGCCUGGACAGCGGGAAUGAGCCAUGCAUUGUGCAUUUCAUGUAUAUAUUCUAAUCUCUCUUUUGUUUGUUUUUUACAGUCUGGAUACUUGUACAGUUUUCUUCCUUUGUGAAAUAUUUACAUGUUUAGCUUCAUGGUAAUAGUUUGACAAUUUCGGGGGGGAAAUGUGCUGAUUUGCUGUUUUAGAAGAUCGACACCACUCUUGUGCGAUAAAUAUACAUCAAAUCAGUUUCCAUAGAACAGUGUCCUUACUUUGAACAUGUGCUUUUCAUUUUCCAUAAUUUAUUUUUGCCACUGAUCUGUGCUAUAGUCUGAUAUUUGAUGUGGUGUCUGUCCCUGCUUUUAUUUAUACAUGACAUAUAGAUGAAUUUCAUUUGCUGCCCAUCUUGACCAGGAUUCCCUGGUGGAAAACGUGUUCAUCUGAUUAACCUGAUUAAAUAAGCAUUACAAUGGUUCACAGUAUGGAGGUUCUUGGUUUGGCUGGAACUCAUCUCAAACUGGUUAAUUGGAGACUCUAGAUUGACAUUAUAUGUUUGUCUUUGUUGGCCCUGUGAUUGCCUGACGCUCUGUCCCUGAAAGGAUAAAGCCUUGUAGAUGAUGGACUAGCAAAAACUUCUGAAAUCAGUCCAGUAGAUCGUCUCCGCUGGCAGCUACAAACCUGGAGGAGGGGCCCCAAUGUAAUCCAAUGGGGCAACUCUGACAGUUCACAAAAUUUCCACAGAAACUCAUCAAUAAAAUGCUCAAAAAGUUAUACUGGAUCUUUGCUAAGGGUCUGACAACCGUGCACGUGUUACUUAGCUUAGCGUAGCAUAAAGAUUGGGAACAGUGGAAAACAAGCAAUCAAAUCUUCUCAUCGAGUUCAACUGUCGGCAAAUGAGCGUAAAUAAGCAUAAUUCUCAAAAAUGUUGCUCUAUAAAUUUAGUCGUUUCUUGCUCCAUUCCACAGCGUAUCACUGAAAUUGGAAAAAAUUAGAUCAAACACAGUUCACCCUAAAAUACAAAACAACCUCUCUGCAGUUUCUCUUUCUCAGCAGAACUUCUCUUUGAAAUGGAAAUAGAUUCUCCACCAGACUUCUGCGAGGUUUGUUUACAUUAGCCUCCGCUCCCACUAGUCUACAACAACAUGGCUGUUCAAACUUUUCUCUUUCAUCGACCCGCUCCUCCGGUUCUGUUCCUACGUGUGUUAAUAAUUUAAACUACUGCAAAACCUACCUAGAAAUUCACACUGGCUCACGGCUGUAUUUGUACGAAGGUUAGCCUCAUCUCACCACAAAAGUUUUAAUUUGUAUUUUCUUUCUACUUCCUGCUGAGACUUGUUUACUAUGAGUGAAUGCUACUGACUGUGUAUUAUCGGCUUCCAGCUCUUAUCUCUGUGAUUAUGUGUAUGCUGAUGCUCCCCAACACUGUUAACCACUCUGAUCUGAACUGAUCCAGUGCAUGGCCUCCAUUUGUUUCCACUAAGUUAUUCACAGAUUAUGGAUUUCAUUAAAAUUGUCGUCGGGAUAAUAAUGACAAUGAUUAUAAUAAUGCCAUUGAUUUGAAUUGUAAUAAGUUUCACUGUGUUCUAAAAUACUGGCUGUAUUACACUGGAAAGAGAACAUUGUUGAAUCAAUAAAAAACAAACACUGUCAA